UCUUGGUCUCACAUGAACGGAAUAAAAUGCAGGCGGACGAUGCACACUAUCUGAAACGGACAGUUAAAACAGGAUCCAUAGAUGUCCAUCCCACAGAGAAAGCCCUGGUGGUGCACUAUGAGGUCGAAGCGACCAUACUAGGAGAGAAAAGCGGAGCUCUUCACGAAGAGAGAAAAUGUCAGAAAAUUAUCAAACUGAGAAGCCUAGAUGUCCACACUGAUGUGAGCGCUCUGGCACGGAAGGUCGUGGAGGAGUGUGAGCUCAUCCACCCUUCUAAACUUGCUGAGGUGGAACACCUGCUUUUCUACUUACAGAACCGUAAGAAGCCCGGUAACAAGAAAGAGAAGAAAGAGAAGAAACUUGUAAAACCCAGAGAGCUGACUCCAUUUGAGGGCAUGGAGAUCGACGAGGAGGCCAACAUUAACAAGGUGGAUGACUACGUGGAGCUGUUGUAUGAAGACAUUCCAGAGAAAAUCCGAGGCUCCACCCUCAUUCUCCACCUCGCCCGUAACCCUGACAACCUAGAAGAGCUACUACACAAUGAGACGGCACUGGGAGCCCUGGCUAGAGUUCUCAGAGAAGACUGGAAGCAAAGUGUUGAGCUGGCCACCACCAUUGUCUAUGUGUUCUUCUGUUUCUCCAGCUUUUCUCAGUUCCACGGGCUCAUAACACACUAUAGGAUUGGCGCCCUGUGUAUGAACAUCAUCGAGCAUGAGCUGAAGAAGUACGACGUCUGGCAGGAGGAACUGCAGAAGAAGAGAAAUGCUUAUGACGAUGACCCUGAUAACCAGAGUCUUAAGAGGGAGCAUGAGAAAGCCCUGAAGAAAUAUCAUGGGCAUCUGGUCAAACAGGAGCAGUUGCUAAGAGUGGGGCUCUACUUGCUGUUGAACCUGUCAGAAGACACACGCACAGAGCUAAAGAUGAGGAACAAAAACAUCGUUCAUUUGCUUGUGAAGACCCUGGAGCGGGAGAAUGAGGAGUUACUGGUGCUGGUAGUCUCCUUCCUUAAAAAGCUCAGCAUUUACCUGGAGAACAAGAACGACAUGGCUGAGGUGGACACCAUAGAGAAGCUAGCUAGGCUGGUACCCUGUGACCACGACGACCUCCUUAACGUGACACUGCGUCUCCUCCUCAACCUCUCCUUUGACACAAGCCUGCGGAGUAAGAUGGUGCAAGUGGGGUUGCUGCCUAAACUCACUGCACUGCUGGGUAAUGAGACCCACAAGCAGAUAGCUAUGUGUAUUCUCUACCACAUCAGCGUGGAUGACCGAUUCAAAUCCAUGUUUGCUUACACAGAUUGCAUACCUCAGCUGAUGCAGAUGCUCUUCGAACACGAUGAAGAGAGAAUUGACACAGAGCUCAUCUCCUUCUGCAUUAACCUGGCAGCUAACAAGAGGAAUGCACAACUCAUGUGUAAAGGCAAUGGGUUGAAAAUGCUGAUGAAGAGGGCUCUUAAAUUUAAGGAUCCACUGUUGAUGAAAAUGAUCAGGAACAUCUCACAGCAUGACGAUCCUAUAAAGGAACUUUUCAUUGACUACAUGGGAGAUCUGGCGGCUCAGAUAGGACCAGAGGAGGAAGAGGAGUUAGUUAUUGAGUGUUUAGGCACGUUGGCUAACCUCACUCUCCCUGACCUGAACUGGGAACUCCUGCUGAAAGAAUACAACCUGGUGCCCUACCUCAAAGACCACCUCAAGCCUGGUUCGGCAGAGGAUGACCUCAUCCUAGAGGUGGUGAUAUUGAUUGGGACUGUUUCCAUGGACAACUCCUGUGCUGCUAUGCUGGCCAAGUCUGGCAUUAUCCCCACCCUCAUUGACCUUCUCAAUGCCCAACAGGAAGAUGAUGAAUUUGUUUGUCAGAUCAUUUAUGUCUUCUACCAGAUGGUUUUCCGUCAGGCUACCCGUGAUGUCAUCGUUAAGGACACACAGGUUCCUGCCUACCUCAUUGACUUGAUGCAUGACAAAAAUGUGGAAAUCCGUAAGGUGUGUGACAACACUCUGGAUAUUAUAGCGGAGUAUGAUGAAGAGUGGGCCAAGAAGAUUCAGAGUGAGAAAUUCCGCUGGCAUAACUCUCAGUGGUUGGAGAUGAUGGAGAGCAGACAGAUGGACGAUGCAGAGCCUUACCUGUAUGGAGACGAGCCCGACCCUCUGGAGCAGCCGGACCUCUUCUACAGCACCGAUGGGAUGAUGGCCUCAGAGCAAGGGCUAGACUUCUACAGCGAGUUUCACACACAGAACGGAGACACGGAGGACGAGCACGACUUUAACGCAGUGAACGGAUCCGACGGACGUCCCCCCACGGCCUACGGGUUCCGUCCGGAUGAACAGUUCUACCAAGAACAUGGAUCCACCAGAUAGACCUAAUAGUCACUGGCUGACUCUACAGCUUCACUGAGAACACUGUAACCUUUAUCCU